GCCUUCGUUUUCUGAAUUUUCUAUCUUCUUUCCAGGCAGACUAAAACAACAAGAGAAAAAUGCCAAUUUUAAUUAAUUAAUUGGUUAAUUAACCAAUCAAUUGAUUAAUUAAUUAACCCACAAAGCUUUCUGGACCUUUUCUUCUUUGGUUUUUGUUUCAAUCUACCCCGGUUAGGUUUGCUAUGGGCAGUACCUUCUUCUCUAUACCAAUAAAGCGAGCCAUGCCCGACCCACCCAAUUCUUCUAACGGAACUUCCAAGCGUUCCAAACCUCCGUCUACCACUCUCCAUACUCCUCCCGGUCACGUUGCCUUUCGUCUCCUUUGCCACGUGUCCCGUGUCGGAGGCAUCAUUGGCAAGUCAGGUAGCGUCAUCAAGCAGCUGCAACAGUCUACCGGUACUAAGAUCCGGAUUGAAGAUGCCCCGGCCGAAAGCCCGGACCGAGUUAUUACCAUCAUAGGGCCCGAUUCUAUUGAUACCAGGACCAAGCUAAAUCUUGGAGGCGACGACGACAGCGACAGUGGUAGAGUUGAGGAAAUUGAAGUGUCCAAGGCGCAGGAAGCUCUGUUGAAGGUGUUCGAGAGGAUCUUGGAGGUGGCCGUCGAGAGCAAUGGAGGGGCCUUGGGGAUGGUUUCUUGUCGAUUGUUGGUGGAGGUUAAGCAAGCUGGGGGCGUGAUAGGAAAAGGAGGCAAAGCAGUGGAGAAGAUAAGAGAGGAUACUGGGACCAAAAUUAGGAUUUUGACAGAUAAACUACCGGCUUGUGCCAGGCCUACGGAGGAGAUUGUGGAGAUUGAAGGGUCUGUUUUAGCUGUAAAGAAAGCACUUGUUGCUGUCUCGUUCCGCCUCCAAGAUUGUCCUUCUGAAAAUAAAACAACGGUAAGUGAAACCAGAAGCACUGGACCAGUUCAACCAGAGACUUUAUGCAGACCUAUUGAGGUACUUCCUCAGAAGACUUUGCGCAGACCUAUUGACUUACAUCCUGAGGAUCAUUUCCUCAGAGCUAUGGAGGCACUUCCUCGAGAGACUUUUCGUGGACCUAUGGAGGUCGUCACCCAGGACCCAUUGCACAGAUUGAUUGAUGUUCUUCCUCAAGAAUCAAUUCAUAGACAUAUUGAGGUUUCACGUGAGGAUUUACCUGAUUUUGAAGUAGAUCAUCUUUCACGGCAUAGUUUCCUGGUACCUAGUGUACCCAGUGGCUCUACCAGUUAUGCCACCAGAUUUCAUUCUCUGUCUCGGGAGUCCGAGAAUGCCUCUCCUUUGAAUACUAAAACAUUUCAGCAGGAAGUGGUUUUCAAAAUUCUUUGCCUCAAUGAUAGGGUUGGAGGUGUUAUUGGAAAGGGAGGCGCAACUAUUAAAGCCCUUCAAAGUGAUACAGGAGCUGCUGUUACCAUUGGAGCUACAUUCACUAAUUGUGAUGAACGGUUGGUUACUGUUACUGCAUCAGAGGACCCGGAAUCACAAUAUUCUCCGGCACAAAAGGCUGUUGUCCUUGUUUUUGUAAGAGCUUAUGAGGCUUCCAUUGAAAAAGGUAUAGAUUCAGGCUCAGGUAAGGGUUCAAAUUUCACUGCCCGGCUCGUAGUUCCUUCAAGCCAAGUUGGGUGUCUGUUGGGAAAAGGAGGGGCAACAAUUUCUGAAAUGCGUAAAGUGACUGGUACCAGCAUUUGGAUUUUGGGAACUGACCAGGUCCCCAAGUGUGUCAGUGGAAAUGAUCAAGUGGUACAGAUUCAAGGAGGGUAUAUGAAUGUAAAAGAUGCUAUGUAUCAUGUGACUGGUAAACUAAGAGAUAACCUAUUUUCUAUCUCACUGAAAACUGCCGGAGCAAAAAGCAGUUCCUCAGUUUUAAUCGAGACCAGUCCUUACGAAAGACUGUUGGAUAAUUCCCCUCUUGAGUUGCAAGCAUCAAUCGGCUUUUCUCAUAGUCUUAGUCGGCAUACUUCAUUGGCAACGGAUAGCACAAAUCCCUAUGGACAUUCCUAUAGCUCAGAUCGCCCUCGUUCUGCAGGAUUGAGGACAUCAGAAAUGUCUACUGGAUUGAAUCCAAGGGGCAUCACAGAUAGUGGAAGAGGAUUGACUUCUUAUAGAGGUGGAGUAGAACUUGGCAGUGGAAACAGAUCUGCUAUUGUAACAAAUACAACUGUAGAGAUUAGAGUUCCCGAUAAUGUUAUCGACUCUGUUUAUGGGGAGAACGGUCGCAAUCUAGCUCGCUUAAGAGAGAUCUCUGGUGCCAAGGUCAUAGUGCAUGAACCUCAAAUAGGAACAAGUGACAGGAUUGUUGUUAUAUCUGGGACACCUUAUCAAACCCAGGCGGCUCAGAGCCUCCUACAAGCAUUCAUCCUCACUGGUCGCUGAAAUCUUUCAUUUAAACCUAAUGUUUUUCACAAAAGGAGAAGAAAAACUUGAAGUUGUUGCCUACUUAACUGCUUUUUCUUCUUUUUAUUUUUCAAGCAGUGUACAUUAGUCUAGCCAUCUAUGCAAACCCUGUUCAUCGGGAAAAUAAUUUGGUUCUAAUCGUUCACAAAACAUUCUGUAGCGAAUGUCGUAUGGAGAUCACUAUUUUCUAUCAUAUCCUUCUUCUACUGUCUA